AUGUCGACAGCAUUACGACCGUUGUUAAUCUUCCAACCCACAGAUCCUGUUCCUCCUGACAUUCAAUUUGACGUCACUAGAAGAUUUCAUGCUGAUCCUAAGGAGAACAAGAUCAACUUGGGGCAAGGGACACACAGGGAUGAAAACGGGCUCCCUUGGAUGCUUCCAUCCAUCCAAAUGGCGAAGAUCUCUUUGGGAGAGAUCAACCAUGAAUACCUCCCAAUUGCUGGAUUUCAGCCAUUUUUGACGGAGGCGACGAAGCUUCUGUUUGAUGGCACCGAGGCUUUAGCUAAAGAACGGAUCGCCUCAUGUCAAUCCCUUUCUGGAACAGGAGCUCUUAUGCUCAUUGGCCUCACUCUAAAGAAACUAAAUUCCGCGCCUGAUGUCAUCUAUAUCACUGAUCCCUCAUGGGUGAACCACCAUUUGAUGUUCACUACGAUUGGAUUUAAGGUAGAAAUAAUUCCUUGCUAUAAGGACGGUGACUUUUUCUUUGAUGCAUACAUCGCUACUCUGAAAACUGCUAUCUCGGGAUCACCAAUCAUCCUGCAUACAUGUGCUCACAACCCCACCGGAUGUGACCCCACAAGAGACCAAUGGAAGACUAUUGGCACCACUAUCAAAGAAAGAGGAUUGUUUCCAAUUUUCGACUCUGCUUACCUUGGUUUCAAUUCCGGGUCUUUCGAUGAAGAUGCAUGGCCAAUCCGUUACUUCUUGGAGAAGUUAGAUAUAGAGGUCACAGUUUGCCUUUCAUUGGCGAAGAAUAUGGGUCUAUAUGGGGAGAGAAUCGGCCUUGUUACUUGCGCGCUCUCUUCUUCUUCAGCAGCCAAAGUCGCGCAGUCAAUGAUUCAAAAUGUGCAGCGGGCUACAAUUACGGCUCCUCCAGCAUACGGGGCUCGUGUGGCUGCGGCCAUUCUGGGCACACCUUCGAUUCGGGAGCAAUGGGCAGAAGACCUUGUCGUGAUGUCAAGUCGUAUUCGUAAAAUGCGCAAACGACUGUAUGAGAAGCUACAGCGUCUUCAAACACCGGGUGACUGGUCUCACAUUGUUCGGCAAACGGGGAUGUUUGCCUAUCUUGGCGUUAGCAAGACCCGAGUCAAAUAUCUCGAAGGCCAGUAUAUACCCCAAACAAUAGUAUGCACUCAUUGA